AUGAAGGAUAAUGACGAGAGAAGGUGGUUAGGAAUAAAGGAUAAUGAAGAGAGAAGGUGGUUAGGAAUAAAGAAUAAUGAAGAGAGAAGGUGGUUAGGAAUAAAGGAUAAUGAAGGGAGAAAGUGGUUAGGAAUAAAGGAUAAUAAAGAGAGAAGAUGGUUAGGAAUAAAGGAUAACGAAGGGAGAAGGUGGUUAGGAAUAAAGGAUAAUGAAGGGAGAAGGUGGUUAGGAAUAAAGGAUAAUGAAAGGAGAAGGUGGUUAGGAAUAAAGGAAAAUGAAGAGAGAAGGUGGUUAGGAAUAAAGGAUAAUGAAGAGAGAAGGUGGUUAGGAAUAAAGGAUAAUGAAGGGAGAAGGUGGUUAGGAAUAAAGGAUAAUGAAAAGAGAAGGUGGUUAGGAAUAAAGGAAAAUGAAGAGAGAAGGUGGUUAGGAAUAAAGGAUAAUGAAGAGAGAAGGUGGUUAGGAAUAAAGGAUAAUGAAGAGGGUAGAUGGUUAGGAAUAAAGAAUAAUGAAGAGAGAAUGUGGUUAGGAAUAAAGAAUAAUGAAGAGAGAAGGUAG